GUCCUCCAGACUUCUCCAUCUUUCCUUCACUCAUUUCCUUUUCAUUCUCUAAUUAAUUUAACAUAUUUCUCUUUGCCAUUUUCCAUUCAUGGAGACAACCAAUGGGACAUCCAUCAAUAACCACAAGUUCACCAUCCCUGCUGUGAACGAUGUCGAGCAACAACAAGCAAGCAUGGAACUCGAACCCACCGACGAUUUCAACUACUCGAAACGAUCACAAUGGCUACGUGCCGCGGUCCUAGGUGCCAACGAUGGGCUCGUCUCCACCGCAGCCCUGAUGAUGGGUGUUGGUGCAGUAAAACAAGACAUUAAAGCCAUGAUAUUAACUGGUUUUGCUGGCCUAGUUGCAGGGGCUUGCAGCAUGGCAAUAGGUGAGUUCGUUUCGGUGUAUUCACAGUUAGAUAUAGAGGUGGCCCAGCUUAAGAGAGACAAGCUAAGAGACGAAAAUACAGAAACAACAGAUGAAGAAGAAGAAGAAAAAGGAAGUAAAGGAGAAAAAGAGUCAUUGCCAAACCCUUUACAAGCAUCAGCGGCUUCAGCCCUUUCGUUCUCAGUGGGGGCAAUGGUCCCAUUGCUAGCUGCAUCGUUUAUAAAGGAGUAUAAGGUGAGAUUAGGUGUAGUGGUCGGUGCAGUGAGCUUGGCUUUGGCGGUGUUCGGAUGGUUGGGAGCUGUGUUAGGGAGAGCACCAAGGGUGAGGUCUGCAGUUAGGGUCUUGGUUGGUGGGUGGCUAGCCAUGGCUAUAACUUUUGGGUUAACCAAGUUGAUUGGAUCAAGUGGGCUCUGAAAGUCUCUGAACUUCCCUAGCCUUUUUGGCUAAUGUGAAUCAUGGAACUGUAACCUGGUUGGUUUUGUCUGAUAUGUAUAUUAUUUUCUGCUCUUUCCCUGGACGCAAUACUUGUAUACGUCGCUUUAUGAAAAAACAUAUAUAUACAUAAAUAGUUUUGUUUAUGCAAUA